AUGUGCAACUGUGCGUCACUUUACUGGAGAAUGGACUUUACUGUAAUACUGCUUGUACUUACACUUGCUGGCUGGACAGAGAGCUCGUCUUUGUACGUGAUGGAUGGCCGAUCUCCUCGUCUGGCUCUGGAAAAGAGUAUGAGCUGGUCGUCCAAGAACACCCAGUGCCAGCACAUGCUGAAGCAUUUGCACAACGGAGCACGCAUCGCAGUGCAGAUGCCACCCAACAUUGAGGGCCAGUGGGUCUCCACCAGCUGUGAGGUGCGUCCUGGGCCCGAAUUUAUCACCCGCCUCUACCGCUUCCAGCACAACCACAUGUUCCAGGCCCACCAGUUCUACUACGCAGACAACCACUGCACGGUGCCCACCUACACUCUGGUGAUCUGGGGUCGGGUGCGUAUGCGCCAGGCCUCAUGGAUCAUCCGGGGUGGGACGGAGGCUGACUACCACAUCCACCGCAUCCAGGUUGUAUGCCAUUCGGCGGAUGUAGCGGAGGAGCUGAGUAAGAGGAUGGCUCAAAGCUGCGGGGCGACAGAAUCCGUCUCACUGGAGCCCAACAUCAGCUACGAGGUGUGCAGCGAGCAAAGCGGCUGCAACUGCUCACGCAUUCUCAACUUCGCCAUGCACGAGCUGCAGCUGCUGCGUGUGGAAAAGCAGUACAUGAACAGGAACAUCGAGCAGCCGGUAGAGGAGCUCUUCCUGGGUGAUAUCCACACUGAGCCCAGCCAGAGGAUGUACCACAGACCCUCCAGCUAUCAGCCACCGCUGCAGAAUGCCAAGAGCCACGAACAGAGCUGCACUGCCUGUCGGAUAAUCUCCCGGUCCGACGAGUUCCACCCUCCGAUCCUUCCACCCCGUCCAGAGCUUACACUGGAUCUGCACGGCCAGUGGGUAUCGCAGAGGUGCGAAGUCCGGCCCGAGGCUCUCUUUCUUACCCGCCAUUUCAUCUUCCAUGAUAACAACAACACCUGGGAGGGACACUACUACCACUACUCAGACCCGGUUUGCAAGCACCCCACCUUCAGCAUCUAUGCCAGGGGGAGGUACAGCCACGGCACACACUCCACUCGUGUCAUGGGGGGCACUGAGUUUGUUUUUAAAGUGAACCACAUGCAUGUGAGGCCAAUGGACCUGGGCACCACAUCCCUGCUGAACGUCUUUAAAGGGGACGAAUGUGGCGCUCAAGGCUCAUGGCAGUUGGGAGUGGAGCAGGACGUCACGCUCACCAAUGGCUGUAUGGCGUUAGGGAUCCGCCUCCCUCACACAGAGUACGAGCUCUUCCGAAUGGAGCAGGACAAUCACGGCAACUACCUGCUGUACAACGGCCAGAGGCCCAGCGAUGGAUCCAGCCCUGAUCGGCCUGACAGGCGCACCACCUCCUACCAGACUCCGCUGGUUCAGUGCUCGGCUAACAGCCAAAGGUCAGAGGUCUACCCAGGGCACCAUACAAGGCAACAUAGGCAGCAGAAGCAGAGUAACGGCAGCAGCAGAGUUGGACAUGUCUGCUGGAUGAAAGCUGCGCUGCUUGUGGUAAUAAAACUGCUGAUGUUGCACUUCAUGGAUUGAGGGGGAAACUCUGUACAUACGGAUACAAGGACAUUCAGAGAACUUAACAGACUCUGCUCAUUUGGGAGGAAGUUUACUUGAUGUACUCGGGCAGUCAGCUCAUAUUCUUGGCCCACAGUAAGAAUGGAUAAUAAAACGGAGACAGAAAGAGUUCUGCCCUGUUUCAGAACUGGCGUCAAACUUCAGAAAACUGAAACUGCUGCACCACAUUAUUUGCACUUUAAUAAAGCAUGAUUGAAAACGUACUUUUUAAAUUACGUUUUUGGAAACCUGUAUUUUCUACAGCAGCUCCAGACAAUUUUUCCUGCUUCUUUUUUUACAACCUUCUUUUCUUUGUACUGAGGUGACUGAUUCCUCUAGAUAAAUACAUUGAUGAAGAUAUUUUUAUACAGUGUGUGGGGUUGU